AGCUAGCUGACGCUGAGGGUGUGCUAAUGUCCAUCAUCUGUAAGGAGCAUCAUGUCCUCGUCGUGGUGAAAUAGCCAUUUGUUGUCUGUAUUCUCACUUGACACUUAAAUAAUUAACAAAACCGAUCAUGUAAGCGCUUUGUUUGAUAUAUUUGUCCGCUAUAGGCUAGCUAAUUGUUGUAACUACAACAGUAGCAAGGAAGAUGACGGAUACUUGGAGCAACACCGGCCGGGGUCUUCGGAUAUAUCCAUCUUUGCUGCUCGCCACCUGUCUGUUAAUAUUGACUGUACGUUUGGUGAUAACUGCGUCUGAGUUUGACCCCUAUAGUAUUCUGGGUGUCAGCAGGAGCGCCAGUCAGGCAGAAAUAAAACGGGCAUACAAGAACCUCGCCAGAGAAUGGCAUCCAGACAAGAAUAAAGACCCUAAAGCUGAAGACAUGUUUAUCAAGAUUUCUAAAUCAUACGAGAUUCUGUCUAAUGAGGAGCGAAGGUCCAACUAUGAUCGCUAUGGGCAGAUGGAUGAAAACCAACCCUUUGGCCAGUCACAACAUCACGGUUUCCGCAAAUUCCACAACAGCUUCUACUUUGACGAGUCCUUUUUCCAUUUCCCCAGGUCCAGGGAGUUUGCAGACAGCAAGUACAUGCUUCACCAUGCACAGUUUAACAGUGAUGUACUCCCAGACAGCUACAAGAGGCCAUACUUGAUCAAAGUGACUUCUGAGUGGUGCUUUGAAUGUAUGCACAUUGAGCCUGUGUGGAAGGAGACGGUGCAGGAGCUGGAACCCCUGGGUGUGGGUUUUGGCAUUGUCGAUCUGGGCUAUGAGCGCCGUCUAGCCAAUCAGCUGGGAGCUUAUCGUGCGCCCUCCAUCAUCGGGCUGGCGAAUGGCAGGAUAACCUUCUUCCACCAGGCUGUGGUUCGAGAACACCUGCAACAGUUUCUAGAAGCACUGCUGCCUCAAAACUUGGUGGAGAGGAUCAAUGAUAAUAACUACCUGGCUUUUCUUGACGGUUGGCAUUCAGAAAAUAAGCCCCGUGUUCUCCUGUUUGACCAAGUUCCUGUUGUUUCUCUACUCUACAAGCUGACAGCCUUUACCUUCAGAGACUACGUGCGCUUUGGCUACGUGGAUCAGGGAGCCUCGCACAACCCUAAACUACUUCAGCAGUUCAACUUAAACACCUACGCUCCCACCAUGCUGCUUUUUAAGGAGCACACAGAGAAGCCCGUUGACAUCAUCCAGGCUAGAGGGAUGAAGAGGCAGCUCAUGGACGAGUUUGUCUCCAACAACAAGUUCCUGCAGGUGCCACGGUUGGUCAGCCAGCAGCUUUUUAAUGAGCUGUGUCCUGUCAAGCAGUUCCAUCGGCGAAGGAAGUACUGUGUGCUGCUCAUCACCGGGGAGGAUGAAGCUUUCCUUUCAGGCAAUAAGGCCUUCUUGGACUUUGCCUCCGCUAACAAAAAAGACGUGCUAAGGUUUGCGUACGUCUACCAGCGUCAACAGCAACCUCUUUGUCGGGCGCUUCUGCACAACCAGGCUGUCGCUUCAGCUCAGGUGGUGGUUCUGGAGAGGAGGAGCCUAGCGGGUAGGGUCAUGUACCGCUCUGUGAGCAGAGGCUGGAACGGCAGUGAGGAGGACAAACAUCACCUCCACCAACAGCUGGAGCUCCUUCAGAAAGACCCCAGCUAUCUGACCUUAGAUGCAACGUUACCAGAACUCAACAACGAGAUGGCUCCGAUUUUUAUUGUUCAGUGGAUGAACGCAGCUUAUGAUUACAUCCUUCAAACUUAUGAUGGCGUCCUCUACUCAGACUGGCGAGAGAUUAUGCCCCUUCUGUCCUUGGUGUUCUCGGCUCUCUUUAUUCUUUUUGGCACCGUUAUCAUCCAGGCUUUCAGUGAGCCGGGCGAGAGCAAACCUCACAAAUCCAAACGAAAGGAGCAACCCAGCACACAAACUGAGGAUGAUGCAGCCAGCAGAGCAAGUACCUCAAGCCGUCCUCCAAAGAAGGACUUUGUGGAAGUGACGGAGCUAACAGACAUCACUUACAUCAGUAACCUGGUAAAACUGAGACCGGGCCACAUCAAUGUCGUCCUGGUGCUCACUAAUAUCUGCAAAAACGCAUUGCUCAGGAAAUUUGCCAAGGAGGUUUUCUCUUUCUCGGGCACUGAGACUCUGCACUUCUCCUUCCUCAAUGCUGACAAGCACCGUGAGUGGAUGCCUUCGCUCCUGCGCUCAGCCUGUUAUGUUGGGCAGAGUGAGAGCCUUGAUGAUGAAGAGUCCUCAGACUACUCUGGACACGUCCUGGCUCUCAAUGGCUACAAGAAGUACUUUUGCCUCUUCAGGCCCGUCUUCACAGGCGACGAUCCCAACAACUCGUCGUCCGAGAGCUCGGUUUCUUCCGACAGCAGGAGAAAGUCUCGUUCCAGGUCCAGAUCUAGCUCCCACUCUCGAUCCCGGUCUCAUUCCAGAGAGGAUGGGGCCAAACCCAAAAGAGGUUCAAGUAGAGCUACUAGCAUAGAAGUCCACCACAAGCUGGACAAACUGGGAAUGUGGAUGGAGAGACUGAUGGAGGGGACAUUGCCCAGGUUGCACGUCUCUGCAUGGCCCACGCUCGAUGACAACUCUUCCACAGAGAGCUGAAAUCAGAAAGAACAACUCGGCCUUGUGGCUUUAAUUCCUGGUUAGAUACGUCUGAACGAUGUCUGCAGAGCAGUGUUGUGGUUCACACUUAACUGUUUAAGUUCUGCUUUUUAAUUGUAGGUUGACACUGAUGGUGUGAGCGAGCAGCAACACCUUGUGGAGGAGUGUUAUGAGUACAAAAUGCUAAUUAUCGUACUGCUUUAUCACAUCCACCUUCAGACAGCGUGCAUCAAAACACAACACAGGCGUUCGCCACAGCCCCGGUGAUCCAGCUAAACUCUUACGAGGUUUCUGGCUGUGCACGGUGGUGGGAGCGUGCACGUAUGUUCUUGUAAUUCUUCUUUAUGAAUCUCAGUCACUGUUAAAUUACAAACAUCUGUACUAGCUUGAUUUCUUAUUACUUCUUUAGCUGUAGACAUGAAUUAUUCAGUCUUUUGCAGAUAGAAACACUGAUUUGUGCCACAUUUAAACAGGUAUGACAAUGAAAUCAAGCUAUUAAACAUUAACUGUUCUGUGUCUCGUUUACUAAUUAAGUUGUCACUCAGCAAAAAACGGAUGCAAUUUUUUGCACUGCUACUUGUACUUAAAGCCUGGAAAUAACAAUCUAGAGUUUGACUUUAGUGCUUUCUCUCCUUUUGAUGAACAAUUUAGCCAGAAAAAUCCGAUUUACCUGAUAUCCCCCCACAGCUCUGAAUCCAAGAGAAACAAUAUGUCUUCUAAUCUUUAGCCUCUGAAUGUUUACGCAUGAUAGGUAGACUUAAAAUAACUCAUGAAUUAAUUUUGUCACUUUGCACUGGCAGCUUACAUGGCUCUUCUUUUUGUCUCUUCAAAUAGAAACAUUUGCAGUACACUGAUACAAAAUAUGUUCUUCUUUUGUUUGUCCUUUGAACUGAAACUGUGUUCAUUUCUCAAUAAGGAAUGAAGCGUGACUCCAUUUAAAAACUAUUUAUUAAAAUGUGUGACCAUUCGUUUCUGUCAUGCUUCUUUAAACCAAUAAAUAUUUUUACCAA